AGUAGUUGCACCGUUGUUUCGGCUGUAGUCGUAGACUGUAGUGUCGUACCAAUAACAACAUAGCAUAGUUGUGUGCGUGUCGGCCGUGUGAGUAGUGCGUGCGCGCGUGACGGCCUACUCUCUGUGCGUGUGCUAGUGUGUGUGCGUGUGCGUGUGCGUGUAUGUGUGAGUGUACGAUCCGUCGCGAUGAUAAGUGCCGCUGGUGGCAAUAGCAGCAGUUGUAGUAGUUUUAGUCGUAGUAGCGAUAGCGUACUCAAUAAAAAUUAUUCUCGCGGCUGUGCCGUUCCGCGAUUCGCAGUUUUCUCGACUUGACACUAGGCAGGCGGUUCUGGGGACUCGCUCGUACCGUUUUAUACUUGUUUUUAAUCGUUUUUUUUUUCUGCUCAUUUAACUCUGUAGUUCUGUACUCACCUGACGUUUCCCUUCCCCCCACCAGCCAACUAUCGUUUUUUCGUCUCAUCCUCGGCACCCGUCCGUGUCGUGUUCGGAUCAAAACCAUACUACGCAGCGGUGGCUGCGUCUGCGGUACAAAUGGCGGCCAGCCCGAACAACAGCAGCAACAACACGACCGUGGUGAACUCGGACUGCGGCGGCGGCUCGGCCGUCGGUGGCGGAAGCGGUUCUGCGGCCGUCAAUGGUAGCGCGGCUAGCCCGUUCGGCCAACAAGGCGAGGACCGGUUGAAGGGCCUGUACCCCAUGGUGGACGAGGAUGACACGCCGUUGCCACGGAGCUGGAACUCCAAAGACAAGUUCACCAAUCUCGGGCUAUCGCAAAACAACAUACGCGUUCACUACAAAGGUCAUGGUAAAACACAUAAAGAUGCGGCCAGUGUUAGAGCCACACAUCCUAUUCCUGCUUCUUGUGGUUUAUAUUAUUUUGAAGUAAAAAUAGUUUCAAAAGGACGUGAUGGUUACAUGGGUGUUGGACUUUCAGCCCAAGGAGUCAAUAUGAAUCGUUUACCAGGCUGGGAUAAACAUUCAUAUGGCUAUCAUGGUGAUGAUGGCCAUUCAUUUUGCUCAAGUGGCACAGGUCAACCGUAUGGACCUACAUUUACCACUGGCGAUAUAAUCGGUUGUGGAGUAGAUCUUGUGCAUAACCACUGUUUUUAUACUAAAAAUGGAACCCAUUUAGGAACAGCAUUUACUGACCUUCCUCCAAAUUUAUUUCCUACGGUAGGAUUACAAACACCUGGUGAGGUGGUUGAUGCCAAUUUUGGACAGUUGCCAUUUGUGUUCAAAAUUGAAGAAAUGAUGAAAGAGCUCAGAAGCCAAACACAAAUGACUAUUCAAAAUUAUCCAUUUUCUUAUCCAUAUUCACAGUGCCAGACAAAUUUCCAUAAAAUGGUUUCUACUUAUUUAGUUCAUCAAGGUUUCUGUGCAACAGCAGAAGCAUUUAUUUCUCAAACUGAUCAAUCAUUUGAAGAAGAGAUUGCUUCCAUAAAAAAUCGCCAAAAAAUAUUAAAACUGGUAUCAACUGGUCGAAUGGGAGAAGCUAUUGAAAUGACCAAUAAGCUUUAUCCUGGGUUACUUGAAUCGAAUCGUAACCUUCUAUUUAAGCUCAAAUGCCGUCAGUUUGUUGAAAUGGUCAAUGGUACAGAUUCAGAGGUAACAUCCCGCUCUCAUGAUAAUAUUGAAAUUCACACAACAACUCGUCCAUCGCCAAAACGUACAUUACAGUCAAAUAGAAGUCCAACUUCUAUACAAACCAAUGGAAAUGUAAAAUGUCAAAAACUAUCAAAUACUACUGAAGUGACUGAAAUAAAUUCAGUGAAUUUGAUAUUAAAUGGUUCUUCAGAUGCAACUACAAUUAAAACAAUUAAAAAUGGUACACCAAAAAUUAAUGACUACCAAAUAGAAAAAAUGGAUUGCAACGAAGACAACCAAAUGACUGAAUAUAAUAUUAUGUCAGCUGACAGUGUAAAUGGACAUCAUCAAAAUCACCUUUUAGAUGGAGAUUAUAGUUCAAAUGGUUAUCACAAUGGGCAUAAUUGUGAUGAACUAAGUAAUGGAACAUCAAGAGUCAAUAAUAACGGAAAUGAAGAAUCCAUGGAUAUUGAUCAACCAGAAUAUCACCAAACUACCAAAAAAGUAUGUGGUGGCAGUAAGCCUGGUGUUGAAAAAAUGUUAGAAUUCGGUCGAGAAUUAUUCUUACUUAGUUUGCAAUUACGACAAGAAUUAGGAAGAAAUGAAACAAAUAAAAAAAUGUUACAAGAUGCGUUUAGUUUAUUAGCAUAUUCUAAUCCUUGGGAUAGUCCUGUUGGUUGGCAACUGGAAGCUUCCCAAAGAGAUAGUGUAUGUGCAGCACUGAAUUCCGCUAUUUUAGAAUCGAGUAAUUUGCCACGACGCCCACCUCUGGAAAUGACUGUUGGUCAUGCCUAUGAACUAGUCAAGCUGAUGGCAGCGUCUAGUAUGGGAGCAUGUGCUUUCACCAAUAUUGAUGAACUGCUCAAAUGACCUUCGUGCAAUGUGCGCGUCUCACUGCCACCAUUCUGCAGAGUUCAAAACAGUUGGCCGCCAAAUUUGAACACAGUAAAAAUGGCAAAAGUACUUUAAGCGGCCACAUCACCCACAAAAAUAUUUUGUACAAACAAAAACAUAAAUUGACAAUUACAUUUUUCUGUAUAAGCGUGUAAGUAGUAUUUUUUCAGAUAGAAUUUUAAAAUAUUUACCGUUAACACAGUGUAAAUUAGCAUUAAAUUUAACGAAUGAAAUUUCAAACUUAUCUGAAAGUUAUUUUCACUCAUACAAUUUUUUCUUGUUAUUUAAUUGUAUAAUUUAAAAAAAAUAUUGUAUACUUUAAAAGUUUAAAAAUUUUGUUAAUCUCUUAUUUUUGCGGACAAAUAUUUAUUAAAAUAACAAAUUAUGAAGGUCUGAUUAACUUGUCGGUAUAUUAUUUUAUUGUCGGAUCCAAUUUAUAAUUUGUUGUACGUAAAUGUUAUUUGCGUAUUUUAUGAUCUCUUCACAUAAUUUAUGCAACAUAUUAAAAUGAUAUUUUAUUGUUGUGAUGUGAUUCUUGAUUACCUUUUCUUGACAAACAUGUUUUUUUUUAUUGAAUCAAAUGACGUUUUAUUUUUAUUAAAUAAAAACUUCGAAUCGCCAACACUUAUGUAUAAGAUCAUUUAAACAUUGUACCAUAUUAUUUAAUUUAUAGUUGUUAGUUUCAUACGAUUGUACUAACAAAAUAUAAUUAGUUCAUUUAAAUAUAGUAUUUUUUUUCUGGA